UCUCUUCUUGAAGCCCAUCCAAACUUGCUCUUUUUCUCCACCUCUCUCUCUUCUUCUCUCUCUUUGUUAGCGAUCUGCUGCAUGCCUAACUUUGAACGCUCAAUGCUUUCUCAAAUCGUGAGAUUUUUCUGAGUUUUUUUUUAUGCAAUUCUAUUUUGGUUUCAAUACCAUUUAGUUGUCGUGGAGAAAAAUAAGUUAGAUAUAGUACUUGAAACAACCCAUAAAAUCUACUACCGUUUCCCCCUUUUAGCUUGAAUCUAAUCAAGUAAUCCUCCAGAAAAAGGCAACAAUUUUUACAUUUUUGGGCUAAAUCUCUCUCAAAUGACGGGAUUCUUCUUUCAUCAUUUCUGCCUGAAUCGCUCUCAGAGCAUGGGUCGUCACUUGAGGGCUAUGAGAGUGAGAUUGGCAAGGAAAAGAAGGGCCAUCAGGCGUAUGCGGCAGUCGCUAAGUGCUCUGCGAAUUGCAGCUGAACAGAUUGACCGACGGAACGAGCGAAUGAUUGCUGAGAAUGCUCUCAUUGAUCAAUUGGUUUACAAUCUUCUGGCUGAGAUUGAAAACAAUCCUUUAAUCAGGAACGCUUUUGAAGGAAUCGAUGCUCAGAAUCUUGAUGAAAGGAACCAAGCUCAACUUCCCCGUGGCGGCGGCGGAGUCGAUGACCGCCGUGAAUAGUGUGAUGGUGGGCUUUAUUACACUAGAGGUGGUGGUGGAGCUUAAGGUUUUAUGGGGCCUUUCUCUUUUCUUGUGUCUUGUUGUUUAUUUAUACCAUAAUGAUGGCUCCCCUUGAGUCUAUAAUAACUGCUUCAAUGAUUAUAUGAUUAUUGAUUAUGGCUUCUUAUGGCGAAUUCCUGUGUUGAUGUAAUUGCAAAAGGAGGGGUGGAUAAGGAAGAACUGUUUGUGGCUUGGAUCUAAGAAGGUCGAACAGGUACAAGAUAGGUGGAUUCACUCUGUUUGGGCCGGUGUAUGGUGCAGGUUGAGGAUUGGAAGCUAAUGUCUCUGUUGACAUGUGCAUGGAAUCUGCAUUCUGGUUCUGCUUGUGUUGUUUGCCUGUUUAGUGUGUGGUGCAUUGCAGUUAUUGACGAGGAUGUAAUCUGGAACUGUCUAUUGUCGGGGUAUCUCCUCCUGUUGGUGGUUUACGAAGCUUGUGGCAGGGGCCGUAUGCUGUUAUUGUAUUGGAUUCUGUUAUAUGUAGGGGGGAUAUUAACGUGGGAUUAAUGUUUGUGUGAUGUAAUUGGGGGUCUGCUCUUGAUAUGUAGGUCUGCUUUUGUGAGGUAUUUUGACAUUGGCAGGGUGUGAUAUUUUCUGAUGUAUUGGCCUUAAGCCGAGAGGCUUAUGCUGCUGAUGUUAUUCAUCAUGAUCAAUAAAAUGAAUUGGCUUAUCAAA